AGCUUUCUUCAGCGUGUUUCUUUUCUCUCUCUCUCGUACUCUGUAUUUCCUUGAAGUAGUGCACAUCACCCGUACCGUUGUUUGUCACCUCCGCAAAUCAGAGCAGCAACCAUGUCUGGUCAGAUCUUCCUGUACUCCUCCGGCGGCCGUACCCUGUGGGUGCCGCGUCACACCCCGACGGCAACCGAAACAAAGCCGGUCUGCCUGCUGGACUACGUGACGCCAAUGGAGCUGUCCCGCUCCUUCUACCUCUUCGACUACCCGGUGCAGGUGGUGGAGAACGCGCAGAUGGCCGCCAUGAACCCAAACGCGAAGACCCCGAACGAGAUCCUCGCCGCUGUGAAUGACUUCCGCCGUCUCUGCGCGGAGGAUCAAAGCUUCCUGCUGCAGCGCUGCUAUAACCCUCAGCAACAGCAACAGCAGCAGCCGCAGCAACACAACUACCAGGGCAGCUAUCCGCAGUCCAUGACGUCCUCGUCCAUGGGCGGUGCGCAGAGCUACGACGCCAACAAGCCGGCCGCCGCCGUCGGCGGUGGCAGCAGCACAGUGGACAACGCGGCACUUCUUGCGCAGCUCCUUCAACAGCAGCGCCAGCAGCAACCUCAACAGCAGCCGCAGCAGCAGCCGCAAAUUCCGAUGAUGGGCAGCGUCGGUGGCUUCGGCAACGACGCCAGCGGUGGCAUGGGUGGUUACUACGGUGGUAACCGCAGUGGUGGAGAUCGUAGUGGCAACCGUAGCAGCAUGUACGGCAUUAACAGCAACGUGCCGUACUCCCCCGAUACGAUGCAGCAGCAGCAGCUACAAAUGCCGAUGAUGAUGGGCGGCUACAACAACCCGGCGGGCUACGGCGCCAACGCGAUGAUGAUGGGCGGCUACAACACCGGGAGCAACAUGCCCUACCAGCGCGGCGGUCGUGGUGGUGGCCGUCGGGACGGACAGAUGUACGGCAACUACGGCAGUUACGGCAACUACGGUAAUUACGGCAAUCCCAUGCAGAUGCAGCAGCAGCAGCAGAUGAUGAUGAUGGGCGGCGGUCGUCGUGGUGGUAUGAUGGCCGGCAACAACAUGCCCGGGCAGUCUCGUAUGGCCCCCAACGCCCGUCACGAGCCGGAGCCGAUCUCGAUCGACGUGGUCAUUCCAGAGGAGAUUAAGAGCGUCUACAUGAACCCGUCGCAGCAGCUGGUGAUUGCCACGAUGCCCGGGCCGCAUACGACGGUGUGGCUGCGCGAGCACCCGAUCCCAACCGACACGCAGGACAAGAAGUUCGUCUUCGGCAAAAACGGCGUCAUCUUGAUGCUCAAAGCCGCCUUUGCCGAAGUGAAGGACAGCAAGCCGGUGGAACUGUUUCCGAAGCAGAUUUGCACCCACUUCUUCAUCUACGGCUACUGUUCCCGUCCGAACUGCUUCCACGAGCACCACAACGAGCAGCAGCUGCGGGAGCUGAUCGCGGCCCGCCACGUGAUGCUGAAGGCCAUGACGAAGGCGCAGCGGCAUCAGCUCAUUGCGGAUAUCGAGCAGAGGGACAAGGAAGGGGUGGCGGCCGCCGAGGCUCAGCGCGAGGAGCGGGAGAAGCGUCGUGCGGAAGCCAUGGCCGAACGGGAGGCACGCCGUCAGCAGCGGCAGCAGUUGCGUGACCCGCAGCUCCAGCAGCAGGCGCCGCCUCAGCAGCAGUCGUCCUACUCGAUGCCGUCCUCGCAGCCGAACCCGUCGCAGGACAUCGGCAGCGACAACGACGACGACGCGACGACGACCACGAUUGGCGGUGCGGGGAGCCAGUCGCUCGCGGACUUGAUGGCCUCGAGCCCAUCGCAGGAUUUCGCGGUGAACGUGGCCGCGACGGCGGCGGUCGACGGCGCCGCUGCCGCUGACAAAGGCCCAUCGAGUGAUGCCCUGGCCAGGCUGGGUAUCACCGACAGCGACGAGGACGAUGAUGAUGAUGCGUCAUCCUCCAAGAGCAGCGGCGGCCACAGCAGCGCCGACAGCGCGACGGCGGUCGCGGAAGAGAAGGCCGCAGAGACGGUGGUGCCGGAAGUCAAGGCGGAGGUAACCGAGACGGCGAAGGAGGCGGCGGGCGUUGUCAGCGGUGACGAGGACGGUAAAGUUGAAGAAAGUAAAGGUGAAGACGAAGCUGAGGACGAUGAAGAAGACGAGCCAGGGGAAGAGGAAGUGGUAGAGGAGGAGGAUGCGAAGAAGGCGAAGAAGCCUGCACCGAAGAAGCGCGGACGUGCGGCGGCGGCGGCGGCGCCGAAGAAGGCUGCGAAGCGCGCGAAGAAAUAA